AUGGCACCGACCCUUCCAGGCGGCAUUUGGGCUCCAACCCAAGCAUUCUUUGACGAGAAAACCGAGAAUUUGGACCUGAAUACAAUCGCACAACAUGCUGUACGCCUAGCACGUGCUGGCUGUGCAGGUAUUGUCACAAACGGAUCCAAUGGCGAAUCGGUCUACCUCUCUCCGACCGAGCGGGCCCUCGUUACACGCACAACUCGCGAUGCACUCGACACCGCCGGCUUCCAGAAUGUACCCGUCAUGACCGGUGCUUCAGAUCAGUCUGUCCGCGGCACUCUCAGCCUCAUUGCAGAGGCACGCGAUAGCGGCGCGAGUGCAGUGCUUCUCCUGACUCCAAGCUUUUUUAAGUGGGCGAUGGAUAGAGCCGCCAUUGAGGACUACUUCCUUCAGGUUGCGGACAAAAGCGUUCUUCCCAUCUUCAUUUACAACUAUCCAGCCGCUGUUGCCGGCAUUGAUCUUGAUUCGGAGCUGCUCACGCGGCUGGCACAACACGCAAACAUAGUUGGGACCAAGUUCACAUGUGGUAAUAUCGGGAAGCUGGCCCGCGUUGCGUCCUCAACCGAUAGCAUGGGCUAUCAUUGCUUUUCGGGUGUGGCUGAUGCUAUCACGCCUGCACUGAUAGUUGGAGGAUCUGGUGCCAUCGUUGGUGCCGCCAACGUCUUUCCCAGGAUGUGUGUCAACGUCUACCGUCUAUACAAGGAGGGCAGGUUGGAAGAAGCGAGGGUUGCACAGCAGCAGCUGGCACUCGCCGACUGGGCACUGACAAAGCGUGCCAUCCCCGGCUUCAAAUCCAUAUUGCGCCACUAUUACAUCUAUGGUGGCCAGCCGAGGUCCCCGAUGCGAGCACUGUCACCAGAGGGAGAGAAAGAGCUAUUUCACGAGAUUGAGGGGUUCAUGCACACCGAGCAAGCACUUUCAGAUGCUACCCAACCGCCGAAUGCUUCUUGA